CCCGUGGAGCGCGCGGGAAAGAGACGGAUAAACUGUGGCGGGAGAUUCGUUUUCGAGUCCUUGUGCUGUGAAACACCCUUCGCUGGAAAGUAGGUUGUUCUCAUCUCCUCUCGUUUGAACAUGGUGCGGACUAAAGCAAACAGUGUCCCAGCCACCUACAGAAAAGUUGUGGCUUCUCGAGCCCCCAGGAAGGUGCUUGGUUCCUCCAUCUCUACCACUAAUUCCACGUCGCUUUCGUCGAAGAAAGCUGAAAAUAAGUAUGCAGGAGGGAAUCCAGUCUGUGUACGUCCAACUCCCAAGUGGCAAAAAGGAAUCGGAGAAUUCUUCGGGCUGUCUGCUAAAGAUUCUGAAAAAGAGAAUCAGAUUCCUGAAGAGGCAGGAAGCAGUGGCUUAGGAAAAGCAAAGAGAAAGAAAAUACAAUGAAGACCUCCUAGUAAUCUAGUAGUAGAGCAUGUCCUUUGCCACCUGAUCACACAGAUGACCAAAAAGAAUAGAACUUUCUUAUUGCUCCUUGACUAAUGUCUCCUGUUUACUCUGGUAUUCUAGGAUGUAAAUUUGCAGAAAUGUAUUUGUUCCAAUUAGCUUUGUUAAAUAAGCAUAGGCAUUUAAUUUAAAAAAAUGAGGCUUACAUACAGUUAUUCGAAAGCAAGUUAUGAUAUUGGAGAGUCUGUAAGAUUAAUUAUGGUUAUUUAGUUUAGUAUUCAAUAUAAUACAGGAUUUGAUUUCUUUUACCUGUUAUUAAGGUUCUUGUUCUUGCUAAAAACAAAUCAUUGCACGGUGCUGUAAUUCUGAAUCUGCUGCAUGUGAGAUUUGAUUAGAUCUUUGUACUGAUGCCAUUUGUAUUGGCAUUUGAUUAUUGCAAUGGUGCCGUAUUUUUGUUCCUUUUAUUUGCUUUAAAAAGCAGUUAGAUUUUUGCACAUUAAAAAAUUCAGUAUUAAUUAAAUUAAACCUAAAGGAAGAGGGUCAAAAAUGCAAUGUUCAAAGAAUUUGGAUGGUUAUCUUUUCCUUAGAAUGGUCUUGAAGGCUUAAAUGGUUGAUAAACCUUCUAACAACAAAGAAUAUAAAAUACUAGCAUAGAAUCAGGAUGAUUCAAUAGACUACAUUAAAAAAGAGGACUUUUCCUUGGAUAUGCAUUUGAUUCUGUAUCAUAAAAUAUCACACUUUCGGCUUAUACUUUAGAAGUUGGAAAUCAAUAAAACAUGAAAGGCAAAUCAUGAUAUAGCCCAGGUCUAUGUCUAAAGUCCUUAGAGUUACCAUUAUAUUUUCAGGGUAACCAGGGAUAUAAUUGAUAAAGUGGAUAUAAUAAUACUUAGUAACUGAUAUUCUUGCUUUCUUGGCACACUUUUUGCUGACAUCCUGUUGUUAAAAUUAACCAUGUUUUAGCAGGCAUGUUUUUAUGAAAUUUGUUUUUAAUAAAUGAAUAGUUGUUUUCACAA